GAACAGUCAGCUGCCGCUCUCAGUCAGGGUGAUGGGAAUUGAAUGUUCAAGCUAGAAACCCUCUCUUGGGGUUCCCCCUCAGGAGUCCAAUCCAAACUGCAGGGACUGAGCCACAGGGUGCGAACUGGACACUAAUUCUUUCCAUCUGGUGCAAUUCCAGACAUCUCCUGAGAAGGAAGGCAGCUCUUGGCAUCAAUUGGCUAAUUCAAUUUAAUUCAACAGCAUUAACCUCUGUCAGAAUAUUCAUGAGCAGCAGAAUGAGAAGCAGUGGCACAAGCAGGCAGCAUCUACUUGGAGAAAAGCAGCAUGCGAGUGAACGAGGUCCCUGCACGGAACUACCACAGAAUAUCGAUCUGUAGCCUUCCCAUUAUUCAGCCCCUUUCUGUGAAUGCUUAACAGGGAGACGGGAAGAGGAUUUGCAAGGGAGCCUGCGGAGACGUGUAUGACAUCUGGAUCAAGACUGUUUAAGGUUGAUAUCCAGUCAGUGUGCUGGGAGAAAAAGUGGAUUACGAUCCUGAGGCUCUUUUCAAGGGGAAGUAAACAGAAACAGGUUCAUGUUGGAUAACAGGCAGUUAACAAGGAGACAUACAGGAGUGCACUGGGGCUUUGCAGAAAUCACUGCUACUAUCUGAACUAUCCCGAAUAGAGAGGAGCUAGCUGCAACGCAGGAUUCAGCAUCUGGGCAGGAAUCAAAGAUAAGCAUCCCAGGUAUCUGUCAUCUCAACUGCAGUCCCAACAAAGCAAAUAUCAAGAUCAAACGUCUUUCAACAUUUCUUCUAUUUAUUAAAGAUCAAGUACUGUGAUUAAGUAAUUCAUCAACAGUGAAAAUAAAGAUUUAUGAAAAACCUGGACAGAAUGAGCUGUAAAAAGAACUAUCACAGACACUGCGCACUUGUAUACUACAUGGUGCUAUUGGACCUGACAAACGCUGUCUUUGAAUUUUCACAUCCACUUAUCAGAGAUUCAGGCAACUCACAGAGCAGGCAGUUGCUUCCUCACCGACUAAAGAGAAGCUGGGUAUGGAACCAGUUCUUUGUUCUGGAAGAGUACACAGGGACAGAGCCUUUGUAUGUCGGCAAGCUUCAUUCAGAUAUGGACAAUGGAGAUGGAUCAAUCAAAUACAUCCUUUCAGGAGAUGGAGCAGGAACUAUGUUUACAAUCGAUGACGGCACAGGUGAUAUUCAUGCAAUUCAAAGACUGGACCGAGAAGAGCGAUCUCAGUAUACCCUAAGAGCACAGGCUCUGGACAGAAGUACUAACAAGCCCAUGGAGCCAGAAUCAGAGUUCAUCAUAAAAAUUCAGGACAUAAAUGACAAUGAACCCAAGUUUCUAGAUGGUCCUUAUACUGCUUCCGUGGCAGAAAUGUCACCAGUGGGUACCUCUAUUAUCCAGGUGUCAGCAACAGAUGCAGAUGAUCCUACUUAUGGAAGCAGCGCAAGGGUUGUGUACAGCAUUUUGCAAGGACAGCCAUAUUUCUCUGUGGAUUCGAAAACAGGUGUAAUUAGAACAGCUUUAACAAACAUGGACAGAGAAUCAAGAGAAUACUAUGAAGUGAUUAUCCAAGCCAAAGAUAUGGGUGGACAGCUAGGGGGCUUGGCUGGAACCACCAGUGUCAAUAUCACUCUUAGUGAUGUAAAUGAUAAUCCACCCAGAUUCCCUCAGAAACACUAUCAAAUGAAUGUUUUGGAGUCUUCGCCAGUAAAUUCUACUGUUGGCAGAGUUCUGGCUAUGGACCUUGAUGAAGGAGUCAAUGCAGAAAUGAAGUACAGCAUUAUUGAUGGGGAUGGAUUUGAAUUCUUUGAUAUUGUUACAGAUCCAAGUAACCAAGUUGGAGUUAUCACAGUUAAAAAACCACUGGAUUUUGAAAAUAAGAAAAGUUAUACACUGAAAAUUGAAGGCUCAAAUCCUCACUUGGAAAUACGUUUUCUGAACCUCGGGCCAUUCCGUGAUACCACUUCUGUGCAUAUUAGCGUGGAAGAUGUUGAUGAACCUCCAGUGUUUGAGUCCAAUAUUUAUUUUGUGGAAGUCUCUGAGAAUGUGGACAUCGGUACAACAAUACAGAUUGUUUCUGCAAAAGACCCAGAUGCGACUAACAACUCAGUUCGGUAUUCUAUUGACAGAAACAGCGAUCCAGGCAGAUAUUUUUAUGUUGAUGUCACCACUGGAGCAUUGAUGACUGCCAGGCCUUUGGACAGGGAAGAAGUGUCCUGGCACAAUAUAACUAUUUUAGCCAUGGAAAUGAAUAAUCCUAAACAGAUAGGUGGCGUGCCAGUUACAAUAAAAAUCCUUGAUGUUAAUGACAACGCUCCAACAUUCACAAGGUUUUAUGAAACAUUAAUGUGUGAAAAUGCAAAGGCUGAUCAGCUGAUUCAGACCGUUAGUGCAGUAGACCAAGAUGACCCACAAGAGGGUCAACACAUAUCCUACAGUUUAGCUCCGGAGGCAGCUAAUAAUCCAAAUUUCACUCUACGUGACAACCAAGACAACACAGCUUUGAUUUUAACCAGAAGAGCAGGCUUCAAGCAAUCUGAACAGAGCACUUUUUACCUUCCACUCCUAAUAUCGGAUAAUGGGCAUCCAAGGCUGAGCAGUACUGGCACCCUAACGAUUCAAGUGUGCAGCUGUGAUGAAGAUGGAGAUAUAAUGUCGUGCAAUGCAGAACCAUAUACCUUACCCAUAAGUCUAAGCAGGGGAGCACUUAUAGCGAUCUUGGCCUGCAUUUUUGUCCUAUUAGUCCUGGUCUUACUUAUCCUGUCCAUGAGGAGGCACAGAAAGCAGCCCUACACUAUUGAUGAAGAGGAUAACGUCCAUGAGAACAUUGUUAGAUAUGAUGAUGAAGGUGGUGGAGAAGAAGACACUGAGGCAUUUGAUAUUGCAGCUUUGUGGAAUCCAAGAGAAGUCCACAUGGCAAAAACUAGAAAGGACAUGAAACCAGAAAUUGAGAGCUUAUCUCGUUAUGUGACUCAGUCGUGCAGGAUGGACAAUAAUGUUCACAGCUACAUGCUGGCUAAACUGUAUGAAGCUGAUACGGAUGUCUGCGCUCCUCCCUUUGACUCCCUCCAGACAUAUAUGUUUGAAGGUGAGGGAUCUGUGGCCCAGUCUUUAAGUUCAUUGCAGUCAUUAAGUACAGACUCAGAGCAGAGCUAUGACUAUCUUACUGACUGGGGUCCUCGGUUCAAAAAACUUGCUGAAAUGUAUGGCACCAAGGAUAAAAAUGGCUCUUUGUGACAGGCCAAGGAGAACUGAGAAUCUUUAUGCAAGGCACUAAGUCAACCCAAUAAGGAUCUAUUUUCAGCGAUUCUUUUACUGAAGAAGGAGUAAUAAAUAAGCUUAUGGCAGCUGGAAAGAAUUGGUUGAAUGGGAAUACAUCUGAAGAGAAGCUUUUAAAGAAUAAAUAUACAAAUGAUAUUGAUAAUGAUAUUAAAUAUAGUAAGAAAAAGACAAAAGCAUAUCUUGGCUUUCGAGAACAUGGUGGAAAUAACAAGCCCCACAGUAAUAUGGCAUAUAUUUUUUUACAGCACAUUUGUGUAUCUUCAUCAAAGGAAAAAGUUUCUCUUAAAUGUGAAAAUGGAAUUCAGAUCACUACAAUAAAUAUCUUUUGUCAUAAUAAGUUAUUAAUACCGCAUUCUAUUGUAGGUAAAGUAUGAGACUAUGCUUGAACUAUUCCCAUGCUCAUGUGGAGGACUCUGGAGAUCUAAUGGAAUAUAAUGAAGUGGAUUAAGGUGUUUCUUGGUGGAAAGGGGUUACCAUUCACUUUAAUAUUAAGAGAUGAAUGAUAAUGUUGUUAGAUUUUUUCUUUUUUAUAUCUGUACAUGUACAUAUUUUAUUUCUGCUAUAAUAGGGUGGCACUUCUUGAAAUAUAAAAUGAGUGUUGGUCAUUUUCAUGUGCCAAAUGCAAAGAGAUGCUAGAUAUGGAAGCCAAAUAAAUAAUUUAAUGAGUACACCGUACUGUAGAUUAGAAGGCUUUCCUAGUAUGCAUCAAUUUAACCCAAGAAAUGUUUACAUAUAUGUAUAUGUAUUUUAUAUCCUCUAGCCAGUGAUGUCCAGUCUGCUGCUCUGCUGCUUAAAUUUAACUACAACUAGCAGAAAAACACCCCCCCCCCCCCCCACAUACAUGCAACAGCUGCAGGGCUGCAAAAUGGACAUCUCUGAUCAAGCAGAACAAUGACAGCAUCACAGAAGACUGUGAAAUGUAAGAAAAUGUUUUGUACAUUUGUCAAUAAUUUUGGUAAUGAAACAUGAUGUACUGAAUGUCCAGUACUUUAGCACUUCUUUAAUAAAAAGCUGAAUUGAAAUAA